AAAAUUGGAGAAGUGAGGAAAUUAGGGAGAAGAAAGAACGGACAACGAGCAGAGGGGAAGAGCCGAGGACCAGACCUGGACAUCCCGUCGGAACAAACGAAAGAUGCAGAAGCUGCCUACUUCGGAGUGAACGGCUGCCGACGGUGUUGAGAAGGCUGAUGUGCCGCCGCCGACAAUCCACCGAAUGAGACCACUUUCAAUGGGCUUUUAGUGGUGGUCACACUUUGACUAAUCAAAUUAGUGGCAGCCUUGAACGGAUUAGGAAGUGAAGGGAAUGAACUUGACCGAUUAAGAGAAUCAAAAUAAUCUUGUGAAAAAUUGAAGUUUGGAUAUCAAUUCAAGGUGUGGUUUAAGGUCUCUUUCCAAUCAGAGUUUUCUGAAUCUGAAACUGUGGUUGGAAUGGAGUCUCUACUGGGGUUCGAGCAAGCAUCCAGACAUGAUAACGAAGGAUCACAUGGCCAAAAACUAGUUCCAUGGUUAAACUGGGAAGAAUGGAACUCUGUGAGACAGUCUCUCUUCUCUUCUUCUCAGGACUCUGUUGGCUUUGCUCUUGGAAGAGUAUCUGCAUGGCGAAGCAGAGGAUGUCUUCCAGUUGUGGUUGAAGUUACUGCUUCAAUCAUUGAAAUUCAGCAACAAGACCCCUUUUUCAGAGUUGAUGCAAAUGAUGAUCUUUUGCACUCGGAAGAAAUGCUGGCAAUGCUAUACUGCAUGGCAAUCAUGAGGCUUGUAAAUGGUGUUGUUGAGAAGACACGCAAGGCGAAACAGGUUUCAAUUGCCGAGGCAGCUGAUGCAAUUGGUAUUCCACGUAUGCUGAUUGAUAUUCGUCAUGAGGGUUCCCACCGUGAUCUCCCUUCACUGCUGUUGGUUCGUCUUGCCUCAGUUAAGGCACUUGAUUGGUUGAAAUCUUAUUAUUGGGAGCCUCAAAAGAAGGCAAUUCCAUUGCAAAGAGAUGGAAGUUCCAACAUCAGAAAAGAAAUCAAGUCUAAAAUCCGUGAAUUGGCUUUCUGUUUGAAAGUGAGGCAGAGUUCGCGAUCAGGUGGCCCAUUAGCCAAAGGAAAACGUAAACAUGGUGAACUACUUUGUGGAAGUAAUAAGUUCUUCUCAGUUAUGACUGGAAAGCUCCUCUCUUCCAACUCUGGAGUUCCCAAGAAACAGAUUACCAGGAUUUUGAAGAAUCUUGUUCUGUUAUAUUCUUCCUACUCCUCAGAAGUAGUAUCUGUGCUACUGGAUUUGUUGCUGAAGACGUCUGAUUCCUUGCACUUGGCUGAGCUUUUGAAAAAUUCUCAAAUUGGCCAGAGAACUGACAAUAUGCAAACUGUAUUUGAUGACUGGAAGCUUCUGUUAACCAAAUUCUCAAAUAAGGAACCGGAAUUGCCUCUGACCCUUCUUAAGGCAGUUCUUGAUAUGAUAGAGACUCAGGAAGCCAUGAAAAUUGAAAUUGGUGGACAUCAUCUCAUAUCGUCAGAGGAUGAUGUUGAGAUUGGCCAAAUUGAACUCCUUUCUUCACUCUUUGCAUGGCUUGUUGAGCACUUCAAGGGGUUUUACUCUGAAAUACAGAUACCAAAAGCAACUCUCCUAGAACUUCUACGUAAAUGUCUUCUAGUAUCAGCCCCUGACAACAAGCUGAUCAUGGGUUCGGCUCUGCUUCUUGCGCAGAUGGCAGAAAAUAACAUUAUGAUUGAGAAACUCAGCCGUUUCUGUUUGCUAGGUUUAUCAAAAUCAGAUGUUACUGAAGAGACUGCUCCCCCCUUGAGUUUUGAAAAACUUCUUGUUCAUCAGGAGGAUGCUAUCCGCCAAGCAGCUGAGAAGCUGGAGUUAGUUAAACGUCAUCGAGUGAAGGGCAGCAUUGUGAAGACGACAACAAAUGGUGAUGAUGGAAACCAUAGCAGAUGGGUUGUGGCAAAGUCAUGGAACCCAUGUCCGAUUGGUAUGUUGCCUCGUGCUCUUGGGUCUUCUGGCCGCCUUCCUGCUCUUGACCAUAAUGAUAACCAAAAAAUGCCCCCAGAAUCAUCAGAAAGAAGGGAGCUGUGGGAAUUGAAGCACUGUAGCAGAAAAAGAGAAGCUUGUUUUGAUAUUGAGAUGUUGGAUAACUCAAGUGUCAAGAAGAUGAGGGAAACUGUUGAGGAUCAAACAAUAGAGGGCCACGAUUCAGAUGAUAAAGAUGUUACUUUAUGUGAAGGUGUGAAAGGCCAGUUGCUGAUUAAUGGGGUUUGGAAGAAGGUUGAGAGAGAAGAGUUGCUUGCCAUUAAGUCUGCUGUAAGGAUUUUGGUUUGAGCAAUUGUUUCCAUUAUUUCUUGCCUUUGUUAUAACUCCAUUCCUCCCUUGAUUGCUUUAUUGUUCAUUUUUGGUGCUCAAAUCACCAUAAAGUUUUGUCAAAGUAGCAUGCAUUUAGUGCUCGUGUCCCCUGUAUAUGGUACCAUGACAAUUUUGAUCUGAACUUGAUUAUAAGCUUACAACAGAGUCACAGACAAGGCGAAUUAUUGCUUUCA